AUGGUUGGCGUGAACACUUUCUUGACAGCGGCAACGUUCAUCACCUUGUCGUCUACAUCGCUGGCCGAUGACCGCUCAUGCUACUAUCCUGAUCAAUCCCAGUCUCUUACAGACAUCCCCUGUGGCAAUGGCACGGAUGUCGCCUGCUGUGGCUCCGGUGACAUUUGUCUUUCAACCGGUCUUUGUCUUUCCAUCGAACAACAGCCAUACGCUCUGUCUAGAAAAUCAUGCACUGAUAAAAACUGGGGGUCCAAUUGCCCCAACUACUGUUUGCAGGAAUCCGGUUAUAACUUGACUUGGGUUUCCGUUGUUCUAUACUCAUUCCUUGAAAACGUUUCGGAAUAUUGCUGCAACAAUAUCAUCGACUCAGAUGGCUCGGCCGUCUGCUUAAACAACCUUCCUCCCUUCACAAUGUCAGACGCCUCAAUCGUGCCGGACACCAAUCUCCUGGCGGGCUACGUCAAGGACAAUUCCUCUUCGUCCAACGCGACAGGUAGUGCGUCUUCAAUGUCACCACAAAACUCGUCAGCAGCAGAUAAGGACAGUGAUAGUGGCAACCAUGAUGUCGCUAUCGGUGCCGGCGUUGGAAUUCCCCUCGGCCUUAUCGCACUCGCCUCGAUUGGAUGGGCGUUAAGAGAGCGACGAAGAUUCCACGCGGCUGUAGUUGGCACAAGGUCUCAGCCAACUCAUGGGCAGAAAGCGUGGACCUACUCUAACAGUAAUAUCCACAACGACAACAAUAAUAGGUCGGAACUAGGUAGUUCUCAAUACCCCGGUUAUUCAAAUAACGGUGCUGCAUCGGCUAGUGCAUACCGUCAGCCACAGACCAGACUCACGGAGAUGGAAUCUACGGCAGUAGUCGAGUUAGAUAGCACGAGAAGAGCCUAG